UUCCCGUCAGGGCGCCAUCAUUUCAAGUCAUUGCACAACGUCCGCCAGCGCCAAUUGUGAGAGCAGUUUCUCAGCGAGGCCAGGUCAGUAGCAUUCGACUUAUCAGCGUGGGGCUCCUUUUCUGAGGCUAGGCGAAGCGCUUCUCCUAGCAAGAACGGCCAUUCGUGUGCAAUAUAUCGUUGCCUCGUAGCUCCCAGCAAGCGGGCGCCAUGGGCCUAACGAGCCGUCGGGUCCUCGUGGCCUGCGCGUGUUUCCUGCUGCUCCUAUCCCUCGCAUCCGCCAAGCCGCCCUCGUCCGAGCCGCCUUCCCCUCACGAGUCGGCUCCUUCGUCCGGGCCGGCCCCUUCUCCCGAACCGGCUCAUGCUCCCAAGCCUCCUCACGCUGCCAAGCCUCCCAAACCUGCUCACGCUCCCGAGUCUGCUCACUCUCCCCAGCUUGCUCACUCUCCCGAGCCUGCUCACGCUCCCAAGCCUGCUCACACUCCCAAGCCUGCUCACUCUCCCGAGCCUGCUCUCGCUCCAAAGCCCUCUGCCGCCGCCAAAGCAGCUACCUCCCCCAAACCUGCUCCCCCCCAAAAGCCGUCUCUCCCGCCGAAACCGUCUCCCGCUCAAGAGCCCGCAGAAUCCCCCAAAACCGCCCCCGCUCCCUCCGCCAAGGCUGUCCGCGCGCCCCCCGCGAAGGCGCCCGCGCGGAUGAGCGCAGCGGAGGCGGAGAAGCUGGAGGAGGCGGGAUGGAAGCUGACAGAGGCGAACCUGAAGAAGCUGCGCGCCGAGGGCGCCGAGGUGCUGACGGACGCGAACGUCCAGAUGCUGACGGAGACGGAUCCGUCAAGUCUGACGGAGGCGGACGGCGACAAGUAUUUCCACUUCCACCACGUGGCGCACAUGGCGCAUCUGGCGCACAUGGCGCACCUCGCGCAGCUGCAGAGCAUGGACGCGCGGAACCACGCUCCGCCGCCGGCGACGGCGAAUGCGGCGGAGAAGGCGGACGGCGACGGGAACACCGCAGGGGGGAAGAUCGCUGGCGUGAGGAGCCUCGAGACUCCCAACGCGGUGAUCAAAGCGGCGGAAAUCAAGAGCCUGGACGUCCGCGAUAGUGACAUCCUCGUUACCGACGACCUCAGCCCCACCGGCAAGGAGACAGCCAUACCCGCUAAAGCUGCAUCCGUUAAGAAGCCGAGCUCUAAAGAGGACGUCCGUCCCAAGGCCGGCGUAGCGGUCGCGGCUAAAGUGGGCGACGCGAAGGCGACAGAUGCACCGACGAAGGGCGAGAUUGCUGCGGGCAAGAGCGGACUGGCGGGCGCGCAGUCGAUGCCCGGCGGCGACACCGAUGAUACCGACGGCACUGAUAGCGCCGAUCCCGCCGACGCUGAUUCUACCGACGCCGAAAGCAGUGACGGCAGCGACAGCAGCGCUCCUGUCGGUGACGAGGUUAUGACGGUAACGGGAGGUGCUGAUAGCGAGGGCGGCAAUACCGCGUAUGAGGAGGAGAGCUGUCCGGCGACCCCCUUGGAGCAGUGCGACUUCUUCUUCGAGGGGCACCCCGAGGACGUGCCCGUCUUCCGCCUCGACAACAUCGCGCCCGACACCGCCAUCAGCCCGCCGCUGGUGUCGGCGCGCAUCCAGCAGGUGGUGGAGGUGGACCGCAGCGGCGCGGCGCAGUUCCUGUGCGCCAUGGACGGGGUGCGGGGCGACGACAACCACUUCUACCUCACGCAGCAGCAGGCCAAGCUGCACGUCCGCACCUUCCAAACGCUGUCGUCGCCGCGCGACAAGUUCGAGGGGCGGUGCGUGAAGCUGUCGAUCGUGAACGCGCAGAUCCCGUCGCCCAACGGCUCCGUGGUGAACACGGCGCCGGGCGACGACCUGCAGCAAGACUACCCCGACGCGCGCCGCUGCGUCGUCUUCAAGACCGGCCCCGUCGCGCCGCAGUCCGUCUCCUGCGGCCGCCAGCCCGUUUACGCGCAGGCCGUCGGCUCCCCGCCCAAGGACCUCGUCGUGCGACCCUCCACGCCCUCCGCGCCGUCCGCACCUGGCGUACCUGGUGCUCCGCCCGCCUCCCCCGGGACUCCGCCAGGGUCAGAAUCCUCCCCGCCUUCUCUUAAGACGGGUACCGACAGCCCCCCCUCCCACUCCUCCCCGUCUCCCCCCUCCCCCUCCUCCCCCGCUACCCCCGACCGUCCCCCCCUGGCGGGGGUUCAGACCUUGCAGCCGCCUUCCCCGCGCAAACCCUCCCCCUCACCGCGUGCUCCCGGUUCCCCUCCGUCGCCAGGGGAAGAUUCCCCCUCCCCUUCUCCCCCCGGCGUGCCUUCCCGCGAUCUCCCGCCCCCCCACGCGCAAACGCUCAUCCCUCCACUGGCAACCACCAAGACCCAGUCCCCGCCACCCCGCACGACCUCUCCGCCCCCCCCACGCCUUCCGCCGAUUCCCCCCCCGCGACUGUCACCCCCCAACUCCCCCUCGGACUCCCCCCCAGGCUCCCCCUCAGACUCCCCCCCAGACUCCCCCCCAGACUCCCCCCCCGAGGCUCCCCCUGCGCCCAUUCCCCCUGCGGAGUUCCCCAAGCCUACCGGCCCGUGCAAGGUGAUGUGCCCCGCGAACCCGCUCUCCCUGUGCGACUUCUACUUCGAGAAGCACCAGUCGGCCGUGCCGCUCUUCCACCUCAACGGCACCGUGCCCGACUCCGCCAUCAGCCCCGCGCUCAAGACCAACAAGCUGCCACCCGGCAAGUUCGUGGAGGUGGAUUCGGUGGACCACAACCGGCUGCAGAUCCUGUCCUGUGUGGACUACACGCAGGCGCCCGCCAGCUACAGAGAGAUGUUCUACGUGACGGGGCAGAUCGGGCGGCUGCACCGGCGGGCCACGGACGGGGAGAGCAUGAUGGCGUUCUAUGACGGCGCGUGCGUGCGGGUGAACCUGCAGGCGCUGCAGCUGGCCUACAACGAGACGAAUGUGGUGAACCUGAAUCCGGGGGACAAGAAUGAGCAGUUCCCCGAGGAGCGGCGCUGCAUCGUGUUCAAAACCGCCAUGUGAAGGGGGAGGGGGGAAGACGGAGGGGGGGAGUGGAGGAGCAGCAUGUGCUGCUGUGGGCGGUGCAGCUGCCUGUGCAGCAGCAGUGGCAGCAGAGCAUGCAGGUUGGGGCAGUGCGUGUGCCCUCGAUUGAGGUAGGACUGCGGUGUGGCGGGUGUAGGUAGGUACAUGGGUGAUCGGGUACGGUGUGUGCUAACUCAGUAGGCAAGCGCGGCGCUUGCUUCAUUCUUAGGCAGGUUAGGUCCAGUCCUGAGGAAUUGCAAAGAGUAGAUUACCAUUCUGUCAACUGACCUCGUAAUGUUACAUUCUUUCCUGGCACUGUACGAGCAG